AUGGAUAGGGAGAAGUUUCAGCAGAAGGCUCUGAAGUAAACUAAGCAGAAGAAAUCCAAGUCGGCUGAAUUUCUGAUGGUUAAAGAAGACAGAGAAGCUGUGGAAGGCAUUGGAGACCCAGCUUUUAACGUGAGCAGUCCAGACCUCUCAGCAUAUCAGAUUUCAGGAAAUAAAGUUAUUAGACAUGACAUGCCGGAUCGCACCCUCGCAGUUCCCCAGCAAAAAUGCAGGCUGCCAGCCUCUGCUGAACCAAAAGGAAAUGAAUACAGCAGAAAUUACUUUGACCCACUGAUGGAUGAGGAAAUAAACCCAAGGCAGUGUGGGAUGGAGGUCAGCAAAGAGGGAAGACAGAGUAGCCAGGCCCGCCUCCUCCGAGAAGUAGCUCCUGAACCUAAGGAAGCAGCAGGACCUGGCUGCAAGAAGCGCAUCGUGGCUAAUUGUGCGGUUUUUACCCACUUCCUGCAUAAUUCAGGAAACCUGCCUUGUCUUUAUAUUGAGCAGGCUCAGCCACCUCAGCCUCUUCAAAUACAGAUGAAAUGCCUACAGGGCCUCAAGAACAAGGGUCCCCGAGGCUCCCGCCUCCUCCACACAGUGUCCCUGCUUGGUCAACUGGGCGGCUGUGUCUUGCACUGGUGGCAAAUGGAACAGCUGAAGACCAGAACACAUCCAUUGAGGCACGAUGAAAACUUUUAUGACAUGGGGCUCUGUUUCCAUGAAAGCCUUUAUAUGGUCCUUCUUAAGAAAGAUGUGAAACAUGGCAUGGCUUUCCUGUUUGAACUCUGUCUCCUUUGUGGGAAAUUUGCUUAUCUUGACUUAGUUGUAGGCUGAGCAGCCUUCCCUUUGUGUGAUAACAACUUUGAUAUAGUGGAGGGAAAAUUCAAGUGUCCCUUCCUUUGAGGACAUUAUCACCAGAAACUUGACAUCUUCAAAAAAACUGAAGAUUUGAUUUACCUGAACUUGGACCAUUGGCUGUACAAUCUCUUUCUUCAGGCGGCUAAACUUCCUCUGCAUUUGGAUGAUCAAAAAACCUAUGAAAGACACAAUCAGCUUCUCCCUGAAUUUCCGGUUUGUUUAAUUCCUGAAGCAGAGAAAAAUCAUGUGGAUAAUACAGCUGACCUUUCAGAGAAAGGAGAAAGCCCAUCUGAUCAUUCCAUGAAGGAAAAACCAACUUUUUGGAGAACUGGAGAAAUUGAAGAUUAUUCAGAGGAUAUAUCUUAUUUGGGGGAACUGGAGAAACACAGAUUUUCAGUUUGCUGUCCUUCAGCUGCUGAUAGUACAAGAUCUGGAGAAUUCUCCAAGCAUCUCCAUUUUGCACUGGAAUUAGUGUUUUUGGAACUUCAAUUAGCGCAAUGGCAAAGCCAGGGCUCCUGGUACACUAUCCUGCUGAUGGCCUCUCCCUGGUUCCUGAGGCUCUCCCUGCAUUACCUCAGCCAGCGGCUUUUCCUCCAGGCCAUUUCAACUCCUGUUACAAAGGGAGUAUUGCGUUUUUCCCUCCUCACCGUGGAGCUUUGCUCCCCAGCAUCUUCACUUCACGCCGGAGAAGAGUUGUUUGUGGCUGUGGGGGGACCUUUCGCGCUGCAUGUGGUGAAACUUCCUUUGCUUCUGAUCAGGUGGGUCUAUGAGCUACUGUUUGCCUGUCCUGAUGUCUUGUCAAAAUUAAUCAUUACCAUGGGCCUUUGGACAGUUCUGGACCCACUGGCAGUGUUCAUAGUGGAUGUUGUCCUGAGGUGGCUUACACAUAAAUGGGAGAUUCCCGUAGCUGAUGCAGCAAAGCUAUACUGGUUGUUUGAAAGAACCAAGCAAUCAGGAAUUCUCGGUGUAAAGCUCACAGUGCUUCUUUACACCCUCUUGUUCAUUAUUUCUUCUUUGAUUUUACAUUUGUAUUGUCUCAGAUUGCACAAUGAAUCUUGGAUAUUAGAUGCAUAUCAGCGCAUCCACAGUGAAGAAAACAAGUUUUUUAUACUGUAUGAUUUGGAGAUUUCCAAUCAGGAGCUAAGUUAUGUACUGAAAAGUUCUGCACAAUGGAGAGGAAUCGAUGGUGAAAGAAGGAAGGUGGCAGUGUAUGAUUGUAUGUGGAGAAACCAUGGCGUCAAGUCCGGCAUCUCCAGCUGUGACCUACAACAGCACAAUGGAAUUUCUGUGUCUGCACUUGGUCCAGAAGAUAGUAUUCCUCAUGUAUCUGUAUACACAGUUUAUCCCACUGGGUUCCAAGAGCUAUACUGCCAUUUUCUCAGAUUCCCCAGCGGUGCCACUGUUGAGGUGUUUGGUGGUAUCAGUGGCUUAAGGUUUGUCCCCAGUGAAGUGGUCACAGCUGUUCAGAAGCAUACAAGUGAAAUGGAUGGUACACUAGGAGACUCUGAGAUUAAAUCAAAGGAAAUGAGAAGAAUCCAUUAA